AUUGAAAAAAAAACAAAAAGAUUGAACACUGAAAUAACCAUACCGAACCUUAAAAAAUGAAACGGCGUCUUGGCUCUAUAAAUAAUAAAUAUUAAAUAAAAAUUCUAGAUCUAGAUCUAAAUCAAAAUAAACAUUUUAACUUAAACUCUCAUUCUUCGUUGACGGCGAAGAAACUUUUUUUUUAAUUCAAGUUGCUGGAAUGUUGUCUACUAAAUUUAACAAUAAUUAAAUUUAAGAAAGACAGCAUUAUAAUUGAAACAUGGUAGAAAAUCUGAAUAUUGAUGAUCUGCAAAUUAUACUGGACUCUCUUACAGACACAUUCAUCGCCUAUUUAAAACCAGACGUCAUCAUUAAAAACAGUCCAUUUCUGGAGAGACACCAGGUUGAUAUCUUUUCAAAUCAGCCACUGGGCAGAGAAGACAGUGUUAAGAAGCUUCUAGAAUGGGUGCAGGAUUACAACCACAGUACAGAGGAGUCAGCAAUAAAGCACUUUACAGUAACUCUGAUGCAUUGCAUGCAGGAGAAAGACAAAUCAAUUUUCUUACAUCCUGUUCAAAGUGAAUCAGAAAUCAGCGAAGAGACUUAUGUAAACACAUGCAUAGAGAAUGUAUUUAACACAGUCAAUAAAGAGCUCUCACAAGAUAAAUGGUGUGUCAUCCUUGAUUACUUAUAUGAAAAGAAACUGAUCAGUGAAAGAGACUUAAAGAAUUGUAAGAAAACUAACUUAUCCCAAGAGUGUUGCCUGGAGACAUAUAGAUCAAUCAAAAGACACAAACAUGACUGGCCAUUUCAUUUCUAUGAUGCACUGGUCAAGUACAGACCUGAUUGGUUUUCAAAACAAAAUAAUUCACAAGUUGAAAAUCCACAAGACUCCCUUGUGAGCCUGGGUAUGUUACCUCAUGAAGAUCAUUACACAGUCGAAAGUGCAUCAUCUGCAGGAGAACUGAGUAGUUAUGACACCCUCUCAACUGUUUCCAAUGCUUCGCUACAACUAGAGAGUUUUAACAGUAGCCUUAAAGAAAACACAGGAGAAAAAGCAAAACUUUACAUAUCUGAAGAGGAUCUAAAGUCUGGUCGCUGGCAACAACUGAUAAAAAAAGGAACUGUUAAACUUAGUGACAUAACAACUGAACCACAACAUCAGAGAAGGAGGAGCUUAACAACCAGUGAUUUUGACUUCUCAGAUGAAGAAAGUUCUGAUGAAUCUAAUGAGAAAAAAAUUAGUUUAGAAGCAGCUCUACAACCUAUGAGAAAAUACCAACAUGAACUUGCAAAAGAAGCCCUUGCAGGGAGAAACACAAUUAUUUGUGCACCAACAGGCUCAGGAAAGACUAGAGUAGCCAUGUAUGUCAUCCUGUCUCAUUUACAAGCACAACAAGAUGAUGAGCCAAAAAGAAAAGUGGCAUUUUUAGCCAGGACAGUGCCACUGGUUAUGCAACAGUUCAAGUGUCUUAAAAAGUUUCUGCCAACACCUUUUCAGGUUACAAAUCUGACUGGCGACAGUGAAGACAGUAUGCACCUUCACAUGAUUUUACCAGACAACGAUGUCAUUGUGAUGACUCCGAGGAUAUUAGAGAACCAUCUGACAAGAAAGUGUCUACCCCAUCUUGGCGUUUUCUCAAUGCUCAUAUUUGAUGAGUGCCACCACACACGUAAAGGGGAACCUUACAACACACUGAUGUUUUCCUAUCUGAAAAUUAAAAGGGAUUGUCCGGAAAUUAAGUUACCUCAGAUAGUUGGGCUGACUGCUUCCAUAAGUGUAGAGAAAGCUGUGCAAGAUGACGAAGCCGUGAAAUGUAUACUGAAAGUACUGGGAAACUUGGAUGCUGACUGUAUAUCUGCAGUUGAAGAAAAUGAGCAGGAGCUGAGAGACAAAGUUCCAGUUCCUGAAGAAAAAAUGCUAAGACUGACUGAGAGAGAAAAUGAUAAGCCUGUGGAGAAGAUAGUCCGUAAUAUGAAUCAGCUUGAAAAGUAUAUUCAAGGUUAUGCAAGUGAAAUUGAAAACAAAGAAUUGAAUAGCUAUGUCAGCAAAAUACCAACAGACAGGAAAAGUCAGCAGUAUGGACAGUGGGCAGUAAAAAUAAAAAACAUAGCCAAGGCCUUACCAAGAAAUGAAGAAAGGGAGACAAAUCUACCAGUGAGGUACCUGAUAAUCAUUGCUGAUUACUUAGUGGCUUACAAUGUUGCACUUGAGACUCAUGAUCUUGUGGAGUUGAGGGAUGUAAUGGGAUACCUGGAGAAAUGUUUUGAAAGGUACCGCAUUAAUGAAAAAAAAACUACUGGCGAGGACAUGUGCUACAGUUUAUUUCUCUCACUUAAAGAUCUGGUAAAAAGACAACAAGAUGCUGAAAACCCAAAUCUCACCCUCUUAAAAAAGACACUUAAGGAGUAUCUAAUCCAAAAGGGAGAUAAAUCAUCUGGUAUUAUUUUUGUAAGAACUCGAGCACUAACAGAUGCUUUGGUAUCGUGGCUGAAUCGCUGUGGUGACCCACAGUUGUCUGAGCUUCAUGCAACUGUUUUUACUGGAACUGGACCAUCUGUUGAACAGGGAGGUAUGACUCAGUCUGAGCAGGAGGAAACCAUCCAAAAGUUCAGGAAGGGAGAAGUGCGUCUGCUGGUGGCCACAUCUGUGGGAGAGGAGGGCCUUGACAUUCCAGAAUGUAACCUGGUCAUCAAGUACAACCAUGUGGGUAAUGAGGUCACAACAGUUCAAACCAGAGGCAGAAGCAGAAAAAGUGGAGGUGUCUCCAUCUUGCUUGCAAUGGACAAGAUUUUUAGAAAAGAGAGAAUAAACCAAGAGAAAGCAUUGAUGAUGGAGAGGGCUAUUAAAGUGAUUCACAAAAUGAGCCCGAAAAAAAUACGCAAAUUAAAUAAAGAACACCAGGAUCGAAUUGUCAAAGAGGAGGAAAUUUCAGAGAUGGUGAAAAAACAAGAAGAUAGUCGAUUAUCUAAUAAAUCAUUUAAAAUGGUUUGUCAUUUGUGUCGUAAAGUUGAAAUAGAAAACAACAACAUCAAGACAAUUUUUGGAGCACAUAGGGUCGUUGUAGACAGGUCAAUCCUGGAUAAAGUUGAAAUCAAGCCAUACAAGAAUGUGACCUACAUGGAUGAGAUCCAGGUAGCUGGGUCUGUGGUGUGCAAAGGGGAGCCAGAGAAAGGGAAAAAGUGUUUGAACAAACUCGGCAGCAUGAUGAUCUUCUCCAAAGUGCCGUUUGUUGUCUUGGGAAUCAAAUACUUUGGCUUUGAUACAGGAAAUAAAUUUGGCCUAGAGUUCUACAAUCAGUGGAAGAAAGUGCCAUACCAUAUUGAUGAGAUUGAGCCGGGAGAUAUUGCAAGGUACUUACCAGAAAACACAUCAUCACAGUCUGAUGAUGACAGUGAUGAAGAAGACAGUUUAGAGAGCAGCAAGAGUCAGGACUCUAAACCAUCUGUAGAACCAGCAACCAGUGUCAAGACCCUAACUGACAGUUCAGAUCCACCCACAAGUAUCACCCACCAGACCCCAUCUGUCACUGCUUCAGCACAGCAAUCAGAUCUAAAGGCAGCCCCUGUUGGCACUCAUCAGACCCUGUCUGUUAAUCCUUCAGCACAACAUUUGAACAGAGAACUGAUGGGGGAGUUGCAGAGUCAUAAGCUAGAGAGCGCCAUGAAUGAUUUUUCUAAUUUUUCAGCUAUAAGUACAACAAAGUCGCCUUCUACUUUAGAAAGUUCAGCGUCGUCUUUUGCUUUAAGUCAGCAAAACAGCGAGGAUGGGGAGGUCGCAAGCAACGAGAAAAAGGAAAUGCCCUAUCUUUCCACUAUAAAUGAGAGUGAUAAAUUAUCAUUACCAAGUCCACAAAGGUCAUUGAUUAGUGACGAAAGACUUCUCCCUCCUCCACUGAGGAGCCUACCCAGUAGCUCAGAGAGUGAGUCGUUUAAUGAAAACAGUGCAAGGGCACCUGGUGGUAACAUAGUGCAGGGAGCUGCAAGUACGGAAGUGGGUGGGGCUGGAAUGAAUGAGCCAAAACCACAGCCAAUCGAAGCUGAACAUGAGCCCAUGGAGGAAGAGACCUAUGCUAAAACUGCAAUGGCAGAUGAAACACAGCCAAAACAAGUUGGAAGUAGGGACAGUAGUCAAGAUGAUGUGAAAGGAAAAUCUUUUUUUAAGUUUUUAUAAACUGUGAGCUACACUUCAGUGUUGUAUUUUGUUAAAGACAAGAGUUGCCAUUUCUUGUCU